CUUUUUCCUUCUGGAACCAAAUUUCUUUUUCUUUCCUUCUCUUCAUUCAUCUAGACUUUUUCUGAGUGAGAAAGAGAUUAGAGACUUUGAAUUUUAAACCCUCACCGUCACGCGUCUCUCCCCUCAUCAGCUUAAUUUCGUCCAUCCCCUUCCUUGAUAUUUUUUACUACUGCACAGUUUGAUCCAAACCCUCGGGUGUAACGAACUUCUCACCUCCACCAAUUGCCUGGCGCGCUCCCCGCGCUGUCGGGGGAUACUGACACCUAGGCUCUCGACGCAAGCAAGCGCUCUUUGAUUACUCUUACUUUAUUUUCUUUUUCCUUACUUGUCCACCCGGCGAGUUUCUCCGCAAGGCCAACGUGAUUGCAACGAUCUACCCUCGGCAGCAGCUGCUCGUCGCCCCAUUCGUGUGGUGUGCACACACACACACCCUUGCCCUUACCGCCAUGCCGACCUCUAACACUUCGUCCCCCGUCAAGCGCCCCGGUCUGGGUCGUCGCGCAGUCUCCUCACACGCCGUCGUCACGCGAUCGACAUCCACCCAAAACGAACUGGCCAACUCCAACACCGCCCACCAACAGUCCUCCAAACUCUCUCACCGGCAACAUCGUGCCCAUAUCGUCGGCGGCGGUCAUCGCAACCACCAUCGUAAUCCGUCUUUUGGCAAAAAUCUGAAUAAACAGCUACAAAGGCAUCUUUCUCACACUCAAAUCGACUCGGAAAAACCCGUUCGCCAUCAUCAGCGCAAGAAGUCCGCUCCUGCGACUCCCGCUGCUGUUACGCCCGCCACAAGUCCGCGUGGGACGCACCACGUCCGUUGGGAUGGAGCCUUGGACGAUAGUCACCAGACCACCACUUCGAUGAAAAAGAACAACUCGAGCCCUGCUCUUCGCCGAAACAGCAGCAGCGUCAUAGGAAAAGUAGGGAAAAAGGCCCUGGUCACCGAUCGCCCGCAUACCAGUUCAGGCAAGAAGAAAACUGUGGGCUUCGAAUUGGCCGAUUCCGACGACAACGACGACGGAGACUGGGAGGACACUACUCAGUCACCAGAGAGCACUAGGCGCAGCUCCGUCGCUCAAUCUAAGGACAGUGUGGAGAAUACGACGGUAUUGGUGGAUCCGUUGACAUUCGUUAAGCGCUCUUAUCCACAGUUCCCUCGGUCGACCAGCCUUCCCGAGUCGAGCCUGAAUAAUUUUGGUCACAACAACCCUUCGCCGGACGGGGACAGUGAAGACGAACCCGACGAAGAUAGUGAUACAACACAACAACAACCGCCAAAGACCGAAGAGCCGGAAGAAGGUAGCCGCGCUACUGACCACGGUGAUAUUGCAUCUCGCCUGCUGAGUCCCGCACACGCCGCUAAAGCACCACCCGCCAUGUCCUCCAUAUCGGCCACAGCGAAACCAGCCACUGUCGAUUCACUGUCGCGCAAUGCUUCUCUGACCAAUAUAGCUUCCGGUCAUGAUGGGCUACGCCGACCACCACUCUCCUCAUCCCAAAAUGCACUGGCUAAUACCCCAGGUAAUCUGACGCAAGCCACAUCAUCUUCGAUCGAAGGAGGCGUGUCGAGGUUCAUCAAGACUGGUUUCCAUGCAACUUCUCGCACUGAUUCGGACCCCAACACUCCGUCCUCUUUCUUGCCCCAUUAUCACCCCCAAACACCCCCCUCUCCUGGUCGCGGAGCAAGCUCGAAGAGAGCACGAGCAUCCCCUCCCACCCGGCCGCCUGGCGCAGAGCCGCACUCCCGCACCCAGCAGAAGCUGUGGUUGCAGCGCACUGCCGCUCUGAACACCUCCCCUCCUGAUGGCCAUGGCGUCGCAGCGACCGCAUCCCCGUCGGCGAUGGACCCGACUUUCAUAGCCGGAGCGCACGCCCGACCAGGAGCCGGAUUUGAUGCAGGAAGAGGGCUUGUCAAUGGGGCGUCGCGGGCCGGCCCUGUGUAUGACAAUGAAGCAAAGCACGUGCGCAAGGCAUAUGAGAAAACCGCUUUGGAGCUUACAGUGGUCCGACGGUUCCAGUCACCGACCGGGGAUAGUUUCCGUCGUUUGGCGUACCUUGUCAAUGAUACGAAAUUAGGUUCCGGCCACCACCAACGACAUUCGUCCCUUGGCAAACCAAUUAAGUCGGCGCCUGCCUUGACAUUGCUCCAAAAUGGCAAGCAGCAGUCUCCCAGUCAGGGCAGUGCAAAUCCGGAGCCGAAACAACUAAUCAGCCGGAAGCGCUCGGAUCUAAAACCUUCCGCCUCCCAAACAUAUCUUCAGGAACCCGCCGAUCUCGCAAAUGAACCUGCAGAUUCCUCACAACGACCUAAAUCCCAACAUCCUUCUCACCGCGUUCUCUCUACGUCCGAUGAAGCUGCCCAUCCGACUCCCGCCGGGGAAGAGUACCCCGAAGAGCCAUCUUUUAUGGCCAGCGAAGCUGAGAUGAUGAUUCGUCGUAUGUGGGAAAGUCGCGAGGUGGCCACCGCCGGCUGAUGGGCAACCACUACAAUUACAGCCCUACUUAUGUCCUAAUGUCUUCGCUAUUGACUCAAGUUUUUCAACAUUGCUUGUUCACUAUUUCCCACGGUUUUCAUCAUGGCUCAGGCAUAUAUGGCGUUCACGGUGCAUUAUGUAUAGCGUACCAUCUCAUUUCGGGAACCAAUCUUGUGCAUGCACGUUAUCUUAAUGGACGUCUUGCGUUCUGAUUGCCUCCGUUGCUUUUCUUCCUCUGUUACUUAUCAUUCCCCGGGCAUAGAUAUCUUCGGUUAAUAUUGUAAUGUAUCUACUAUCUACAUUCGAGCGUGCCCGCGAAUUGUUAUCUAGGCAGGCAAAUUUAUGAUCCUCAAUGUUUCUUCCGGA